AUGACGACAUCACUAGACCAACUUGUAGAAGAAUGGCUUUCAUUAGACAAGAAUGAAGAAACUAGAAAUGAAAUAAUUCAACUUCAAAAUGCAAACAACGUUCAAGAGUUAACCAAAAGACUUGCCACUCGUAUCGAAUUUGGAACUGCUGGUCUUCGUGCCAGAAUGGAAGCAGGCUUCUCGAGAAUGAAUGACUUGACUGUCCUUCAAGCUUCUCAAGGACUUGCCAUAUACAUUGAAAAGAACGUCAAGGAUGCAAAGGAACGAGGUAUUGUGGUCGGACAUGACCAUCGUCACCACUCUUUAGACUUUGCUCGUUUGACCGCCUCUGCGUUCAUCCAAAGAGGGUUCAAAGUAUGGUACUACAAGGACCUGGUCCAUACCCCCUUAGUGCCAUAUACCAUCAAGAAAUUGAACGCUGCUGGUGGUGUGAUGAUUACUGCCUCGCAUAACCCCAAGGACGACAAUGGAUAUAAAGUGUAUUGGGAGAAUGCCUGUCAGAUCAUUCCUCCUCAUGACGAAGGUAUUGCAUCGGCCAUCAUGGAGAAUUUGACACCUUGGGUAUGGGAUUAUGAAGCAGUGAACAAUAGCGACCUGGUGAGCGAUCCGACUGAUCAAGGCAUCAUUGACUCUUACUUUGAAGAAGUAAAAGAUCUUUGCCAAUACCGAUCCGAUAAUGAAGCAACUCAGGUCAAGUUUGUGUAUACUGCUAUGCACGGUGUUGGUACUCCCUUUGCCAAGCGAUCCUUUGAAUGCUUUGGACUGCCACCAUUUACCGUUGUAGAGGCACAGAUUACCCCUGACCCUGAUUUUCCUACCGUUGCUUUUCCUAAUCCUGAAGAAGGCAAAGGUGCAUUGACCUUAGCUAUCCAAACCGCAGAUCAAGCAGGUGGAAAUAUCAUCCUGGCUAAUGACCCAGAUGCUGAUCGACUUGCUAUUGCUGAGAAACAGUCAAAUGGUGAAUGGAUUAUCUUUACCGGUAACCAAAUCGGCUCCAUUUUGGGCGCAGCCUCCUUUGAAAAGGCCAUUGCAUCUGGAAAGAAAUCUGAGCAAAUCGCUAUGGUAGCCAGUACGGUAUCUUCUAAAUUUUUGGCUCGUAUGGCAGAGGUAGAGGGAUUCAGAUUUGAAGAAGCUCUAACUGGGUUCAAGUGGAUUGGUAAUACAGCCAUGCGACUCGAAAAGGAAGGAUAUUCGGUUGUGUUCUCUUAUGAAGAAGCUAUUGGUUUUACUAUUGGAGAUAUCGUCAAGGAUAAAGAUGGUGUCAGUGCCUUGGGAUUCUUCUCUGAAUGGGCAGUUCAACUCUAUAAACGUGGAUUGACAGCCUAUGAGUAUUUGGAAGAGUUGUAUAAAAAGUAUGGUUACUUUGUAUCCGAAAACUCUUACUUUAUCUGCGAUGAUAAGGAAAAGAUCAAGAGAAUAUUUGAACGUAUUCGAUUUGGAACAGAUAAAAAGGACGAUACGUCAAAGUUUGGCUAUCAACUAAACUAUCCAACAACAGUGGGAGGUCAUAAGGUGACAUCUAUUCGUGACUUGACUAUUGGAUAUGAUUCAUCAACACAAGAUAAUGAGCCUACUCUGCCUGUAUCUUCUUCAUCAGAAAUGAUUACUUUCCGUUUAGAAAACAAUACAGUAUUUACGAUUAGAACAAGUGGAACAGAGCCCAAGAUCAAGUAUUAUAGUGAAUUACGUGGAGAAAGUGAAGAUCAAGCAAGAAAGGACCUUUCCAAGGUAGUUGAAGCUAUUGGCACUGAACUCAUGGAAUAUGAAAAGAAUGGUUUACUUAAAAAGAAAGAUUAA